CUCUGUUUUUUUGAAAAUUUCCGCACCCGCGCACCAGUCGCGCACCCUCACCGGUCGACGCAUCCGCACUUGUGCUUCAUAGAAUAGUAUAUAUGUUUUAUUUACAUUAUUUGGUUUAAAUUUGAGUAAUCUUUUCAUCAGCUGCACAGUAAAAGAAAUAUUGAUGUAAUAGAUAAUGAUUCAUUGUUAUUGCAGAUAUUCUGUGGGAAGUGUAGCUCUAAGGAUGUGUCAGCUUAUAAUGAUAUUCUCCUCUGUGAUGGUGCUUGUGAGCGUGGUUUUCACCAGAAGUGUUUGGAACCACCUUUGUUGAAAGAAGACUGUAAAGUUGAAAACUCUUAAGCAGUUUUUUUCUUCCUAAUGUAUGUAUACCUUUUCAUUUGGCCAUGUGAUUACAGUUCCACCAGAUGAUGAAGGCUGGCUGUGUCCUGGGUGUGACUGCAAAGUUUAUUGUGUUGAUUUGCUUAACAAUUUAUUGGGAACUGAUCUUUCUAUAACUGACAGUUGGGAGAAGGUGUUUCAGGAGGAGGCUGCAGCAGCAGCAUCUGGGAAGCAGUUGGAUGAUAUGGAAACGUUUGGAAUUGCAUCAUCUGACUCUAGUGACAAAGAUUGUGAGGAUAAUUCAGCUUCCAAAAACAAAAGGAAAAGAAGUGACAAAUCUGCUCUUAAGUCAUCUAAUCAAAGUCUAGUGGAUACUACUGUCAAGAAUGCUUCUAGAACAUCUAGCAAGAAGCGGAAGGCUGAAAGCUUGGUGGAAUCUGAAUGUGCUUCAAGUAGUAAAAGAAACAAAAGAUUAAAACAUGGGGAUGAUGUAAUUAAGAGGCUCUCUGAAUCCUUCAAGGAAAAUCACUAUCCAAAACGAGAAGUCAAGGAAAGCUUGGCUAAAGAAUUGGGACUGACAGUUCGGCAGGUUUGUGUAUUCCCACUCUAGCAUUUGUAAUUGACUGACAGUUCGGCAGGUUUGAGUACUAUUCUUUUGAGUAACUGGCGAUGAAAAGGGUAGUGAAUUAAGUUACGGAAGUGCAGAUAUUCUUUUGAGUAAUCUGUAAUAGAUAAUGAUUCAUUGUUAUUGCAGAUAUACAUAGGGUAGUGAAUUAAGUUACGGAGUAUUAUUUUGUAAAAAUUUUGUGGAAUAUAGGAAAUCGCCUUAAAAUGUUGAGUAACUGGCGACUUAUUAUGUUUCCACUUCUAUAAUGACAUCUAUUACACUACAGGUUAGCAAAUGGUUUGUAAAUAGACGUUGUAGAUUUAACCCUCCGUCACCACAAGCCAAAAACGUCGUGCUUGCUGUUGAGGAAUGUGUAAAUGUAGAUUCCGAAGAGUUGCCAUUGUCAACUCAAGAGAUUGGUGAAACAGAAUCCAAAAGUUUUAAACAGAAAUUCAUGCACAGGGUGUUAUCAAUGUUUCACUUAGUGUAGUACGGCUUUCUAUGUUUUUCU